AUGUGCAAUUACCAUAGAGGAUCAAAUUACUUAGAAGUCGAUGUUGAUAUUGGAAGCAGUGCAAUCGCAAACGCGAUUCUUCACCUUGCUUUGGGUUAUGUGACUUCUGUUACCAUUGAUAUGGGGUUUUUUGUGGAAGCGCAUACGAAAGAUGAGUUGCCGGAGCGUUUGAUCGAUGCUGCAAAGAUGAUGUUAGCUACCGUUGUUGUAGAUUCGUUGCACGCACCGAUGUUAGUGGCGUGUGGGAUUGAGUUGGCGAAGGUUAAUCACCGCAAGUCUAAAGACGAAGACGAAUCCAAUUUUUAG